UUAUGACUAAAGAACAUUGGGCCGGUUUCACUUUACAACAAUAAUUGAUUUGUACCUUGAUUUGAAAAGUACCUGCUUCACUGGGGCUGAGUGGACGAAAUCAGAAGAAGUUCCCUUUCACUACGGCACGGGCUUUCCCUCUGCCAUGCAAAUAGGGCUCAGUGUUUUGAGAAUAAAAAGCCGCCUGCAGGCAUCUCCUCUGUUCAUUCUUCAGCUGACUUCUUGGUGAGAAUACAAGACCAGACCAGAGCAGACAGGAUGGUUCUUACUCUGCGAUGUGUGCUUCUGUUGCUUCUUAUUUGGCCGGCUGUGUUUGCAAGAUGCUCCAAAGAUCUGGAGUCUAAAAGAAAACGCGAAAUUAUCAAGAAGCUCUGCGACCUGGGUGAAAUACGGCCGGUGAGAUGUGUGACCGAGGCGGAAAAUAUGAAGGUCCCAAAUCCAAACUUUCCCAAACAGGAGGGGAGCAGGCUGCUGGUGUUGGAAAUGUCAUAUCGGAUUGUCUCUGAUCUCCUGAUGAAGAACGCGUCCACCGAGUGGAAGUCCAGUGAGCUGCAGCAGUUACAGGAUUUACUCGGAUACCAGAGACAAUUCUAUACAACAUGUUUUCCGGUUGCCAGCUCUGCUCAUGCUGAGGAAGUGGAAAUCUGGAGAGCUUUUUGGAGCAGUCUGUCUGAUUUUCUGUCAGAGAAGAGUUUCAGCGCGUGCGCGUGGGAAAGCGCGCGCCCUAUCAUUGUAAAGGUCAUGCGCAAGUUCUACAGAUUGACUACAGAACCACCAAGACCCAUCAGAUUCUGUUAAUAUCUACUGUGAUGAUGUAUAUAUGUAUGUGUGUAUUUAUUUGUUUAUGUAUAUAUGGUACAGAAUUAGUCUUAUAAUAUAAUGCAAAGCAUAAUAAUGAUCUGCGUGUGAGAAUGAAUAAAUGUGUUUUAAUAAACGAGACGGGGUUUGUGCGUGUGAUUUAAUAUAUUAUUUCUACCGUCUUCUCUUCCUCGAUGCUCUAUCUCUUUAAACACACCAGCACUCGAUGCAUGGACCCCUAAAUAGUUGUUAAAACCUUCCACCACUCUCUAAAAAAAAACCACUGGGAUAAACGGCUGGGUAAAUAUAGGACGGAACACAUUUUGGGCUAAACUAACCCAUCAAAUUGGGUUGCUAAUUUUAACUCAGUAAAUGGGUUUUUCAACCCAAAGGAUGGUUUCAUUUUUACAAAAGCGCUGGGAUAAUUUUUUCAGGGUAAUUUUUACCCUUUGAAAAUGUCAAAUAUGCCACAUUUUUAUAGAAAUACAUGUUCAACAUGGUAAAUGUU